UCUUGCCCCUUCGCAUCCACCGCACGUGACGAACGCCAUGGCGCUGGCGAUCCGCCUCCUCGGCCGCCGCCGGCUCCUCCCGCCGCCGCUCGCCGCCGCCGUUGCCCACCUCUCCGCCGCUACCCAGAGCCCCAGACACCAACACCUCCAUCUUCCCAUUCCCACGCUCCCGUUGCCCCCUCGCGAGCUCUCCCCUUUCGCCCUCCAUUCGCGAAGCUUCUCGUGGUACUCCCGCUCCAGGCCCGACCCCGGUCCGGGGACCUCUGCCGCGGACACUCCCGGAGAGGAAGCAUACGCUGAGAAGGAAAGCGUAUACCUGGACAACCUGCAUAUCGUUGAUGGAGAGGAAGGUGUCGCCAGCGCGGCCGGCGCUGCGGCGGAUGCCGUGGGAGGUGCCGCCGGCGCCACGGCCGACGGCGUUGGGGGAGUAUCGGAAUUGGCUGGCAGCACAAUGUCGGACCUCAUGGACGGGUUCCAUAGCCUCACCGGAUUGCCGUGGUGGAUAACGAUCUCCCUUUCAACUGUGGCCAUGAGACUGUUGAUACUUCCUGCCCUCAUGGUACAACUUCAGAAGACUGCUAAAAUUGGCCAAAUAAUCCAAAAAGUGUCCACUUCAUUACCCCCUCCUCAGCCUGGAAGUAACUUACGUGAACAGUACACUCUGUUCUGGAGGAAAAGGAAGGAGCUUGGCUGUCCCUCCUUUCUUUGGAAUUUUGCCUAUUUUUCAGUACAGUUCCCUUGCUUUAUUCUUUGGAUGAUGAGCAUUCGGAGUAUGUGCUUGAACAAUCACCCAGGAUUUGAUAAUGGUGGUAUUCUGUGGUUCCAUGACUUGACUGAGUUUCCACAUGGCACUUUAGGUCCUAUCUUUCCUAUCUUAGUUGCUGGUCUCCAUUAUUUAAAUGUUCAGAUUUCUUUUCAGGGGUCCCAGAUCAAGCACCAUCCAGGAAUUUUCGGCUUGCUGGCAAAGUACUAUAGAAUAUACUUGGAUAUACUGACUAUCCCUUUGUUUCUUAUCGCGUACGUGGUCCCUCAGGGAAGCCUGGUCUACUGGACUACAAAUGGGUUAUUUUCUGUAGCUCAGCAAUUGUCCCUGAGAAAUGGUGCUGUCCGCAAGCUGUUGGGAUUGCCAGAUAUUAGAGCUCAGGUUGGUUACAGAGCAGAAAAGUCUCCUCUUGAGGGCCCUAAGAUGAUGCAGCGGUCACUGCUUGAAGAUGCUGACUUGCAAACGAAAUUGGCACCUUCUGAUAAUGGAAGUGCCAGUGAGAGCGCAACUCCUAUGGAAGGAAAUAUAUCCGAGUCCAGUUCACCUGAGGAGCUACUUGAACAAGCAUUACAGUAUCUGGGAACUGGUCGCCGAGAUCAAGCUAUUCCACUGAUCAGGACAGCAGUAGAGAGAAACCCUGAUCUCUCUACAGCGUUAAUUGGAAUGGGACAAACACUGUUCUCAAACAGAUUGUUUCCUGAAGCCUCAGAAUGUUUUAAACAUGCUAUAGAAAAGAUUCAAGAAGAUGACCCUCUUCUUGUACUUGCACUUUUCGGGGCAGGUCUUUCACACGAGCGGCAGGGUGAUAAUGAGAUGGCAAUCAAGCUCCUGCAGAGAAUAGCAGAGCUCAAGGAACCAGAAAAGCCCAUCAACAAAACGUGCUACUUCCAAGGGAUGGUUAUUUUGGGAAGCAUAUUAUCCAGAGAAGGCCGGAACUCUGAGGCUGCCAAAUAUUUGCAGAUGGCUAUCGCUUAUGAUCCUUCUGUAGAAAGACUUCUUAAGGAAUGCGAGGAAGGAAUGGAUGAUCAACCAAAGUCAGAGGAGAAAUGACAUGGUGGACCUGAAAAGAUCAUAGUAACAGAGAGAGCAUACUGCUUUCAUUUUUGGACAUUAACACAUGGUUUAUUUGGCAUGAAAUUCUGGAACGUCAGCCAGCAAAUCCUAGACCAUACUUAGCCAUAGAAGAAAUAUGAAACCAGUGGGUGGCAAUGGCAUGAUUGGAUUGCACGCCUUUGAAGUCUGCAGAUACCUCACAUAAAUCUGAUGUCCAUUUCACACCACCCAGUGUGCUUGAGCCCAGACGACGUUAUUACUUCUGUAGUCACUUGUGUCCUUGUGUAGAAUAUAGUCGCUUCAAAUUAUGUAAAUUAAAAUGCAGCAGGAAUUUACACCUGAUCUCAUAUUACUGAACAUUUUUGCGUUUGAUCGAUCAAAAGUUUAUUUCGUAGCUCAAA